CUCACGAAGUUCAAGGAGGCUAUUCUGACGUUCCGAUGCCUUCAUGGUCUGGCACCUCCUUAUCACACGGAAUGCCUGCAGCGCGUGUCGGACCUGCCUUCUGAAGACGCCUGCAAAAAUCUAUCCAGAUUUCUUUUGGGACGACACAGCAGAGCCAUUGAAGCUUACAAGCAAGCAGGGAACAAUAGCGAAAAACCUGACUGGGAGAUUAAUUACAAUCUUGGCAUUUGUUACCAGCGCACGGGUCAGCUUGAGGCGGCGAAGCAGGAGCUGCAGCAGGCGUUACAACUGCACCGCCACCACGAGGUCUUCAAAGCCCUCGCCAGCGUCUACCUGCAGCAGAGUGACGUGACCGCCGCCGUGUCCACCUACCGAGCCGCCAUCGAGCAGUUCCCAGAGAACAGCGACCUGCACAGCAGCUUGGGGAGGCUGCUCCUGCAGACUGGCAGGUCACAGCAGGCCUUCGAACAGCUUGGUGCCGCCCUCACCUUCAACCCCAACCACAGUCCAUCCCUGCUCGCUAUUGGGGCAAUGAUGCAGGUAUAA